CCUCAAAACUGGAACGACACCUUUGGUCUACUUCCUCUAUUGUACAAAAACCGAAGUUAAGAGAAAGAGACAGAUAGAUUGGGAAGCCAGCAUCAAGGCUUUUCCAAGGCUAGCACAAGAAUUCAGCUUCACAGAAGCUACAACGGGACUAAGCUCUUUGAGAGGUCUGGAGGUGAUGCGUGCAUCUAGAAGUUCUGGGAGAAUAUCCUAGGGCUACAGAGAGAGCAAGCAAACCUGGGUUGAAAUCCUGGCUCUUCCCCUCGGCAAAUUCCUCAGGCUUGCUAAGGUCCUUCUGUGGUACACCCGGCAAAAGAUUAACACUCACUUGACUACAGAGAAACGACAGGACUCUAGGGGGCCAUAGCCCUGGUUUGGGAGCCCAGACUUGCCAGCUGCUUUGUCCCAUCAGCCUGGACGGGUGAACCUGAAUCACAAGAGAGAGCUCUAGCCAACACGUAUUCCCCGAGCGGCCUGCUGUGGAUUCAAGGAUAAGUCUUGGCUCCUGCCCUGGAGGUUUUCACCUUCUAGGAAGAGAGGCAGACAGGUUUGCUGGGAUGGGAAACCUGCUCAAAGUCCUUACCAGGGAAAUUGAAAAUUAUCCACACUUUUUCCUGGACUUUGAAAAUGCCCAGCCCACAGAAGGAGAGAGAGAAAUAUGGAACCAGAUCAGCGCGGUCCUCCAGGAUUCGGAGAGCAUCCUCGCAGACCUGCAGGCUUACAAGGGCGCGGGGCCAGAGAUCCGAGAUGCGAUUCAGAAUCCCAAUGACAUUCAGCUUCAAGAAAAGGCUUGGAAUGCAGUAUGUCCUCUGGUUGUGAGGCUAAAGAGAUUUUAUGAAUUUUCCAUAAGGCUAGAGAAAGCUCUUCAGAGUUUGUUAGAAUCUCUGACCUGUCCACCCUACACGCCAACCCAGCACCUGGAACGGGAGCAGGCCCUGGCGAAGGAGUUCGCAGAAAUUCUUCAUUUUACCCUGCGAUUUGAUGAGCUGAAGAUGAGGAACCCAGCCAUUCAGAAUGACUUCAGCUACUACAGAAGGACGAUAAGUCGCAACCGCAUCAACAACAUGCAUCUAGACAUUGAGAAUGAAGUCAAUAAUGAGAUGGCCAAUCGAAUGUCCCUCUUCUAUGCAGAAGCCACACCAAUGCUGAAAACCCUUAGCAAUGCCACCAUGCACUUUGUCUCCGAAAACAAAACCCUGCCGAUAGAGAACACGACAGACUGCCUCAGCACGAUGACAAGUGUCUGUAAAGUCAUGCUGGAGACACCGGAAUAUAGGAGUAGGUUCACCAGCGACGAGACGCUGAUGUUCUGCAUGAGGGUCAUGGUGGGGGUUAUCAUUCUAUACGACCACGUCCACCCCGUGGGAGCUUUCUGCAAGACAUCCAAGAUCGAUAUGAAAGGCUGCAUAAAGGUUUUAAAGGAACAGGCCCCAGACAGCGUGGAGGGGCUGCUGAAUGCCCUCAGGUUCACUACCAAGCACUUGAAUGAUGAAUCAACUUCCAAACAGAUUCGAGCAAUGCUUCAGUAGAGCUCUGCUCGGAGGAGAGAAGAGGAUCUAUGUACUGACCUCAGAAGAUGUACAUGUUUACAUAAUUUAAUACAGAUUGAUGUUAAUACUUGUGUAUUUACAUAACCGUUUCAUUCUUGUCACUGAAAUAUAUGGACUUUAAUUUGUAUCUUGACUGACUCGACCCAGCAGAGCAUAAAUUGACUUGAGAGCCUUACCUUUGAUGUCUAAAACAAAGCCCUCUUCUCCAAAGCCAAAAUUUGGCGAUGUUGAUCUUUGCUACUGCAGUCCUUUAACUACCCCUAUAACAAUCCGAAAUUCCCAAUAGUUUGUGGUAGUGUUUUAAUUCUAGAUGUGUAAUCUCUCUGGGAAGUUUACUUAUAGAAACACGAACUAUUUGAUUUCCUGUGUCGGCUUGGCUACAAGAAACACAACCAUUAUCCUGACAGAGCGAGAGAGGAAUCCAAGAAAAGAAAAAUGCAUGUGAAGACUCAAACUCAAGUGUCUGGAAUUCAGCACGCCCCCCACCCCACCUCUUUCCUCAGACUGCAAACCAUAUGUGCAGCUUUUUUGUUUGCACGUAUUUUAUUUAUCAACCUAUUCUCCUUCUCUCUGGAUUUAUGUUCCUCUAACAUUCCCUUUCAAUUCUGCAAGAGGAAAAUCACCUGCACUUGAAUCCAUUCACUAGGAAGAAGUGGGUAUAGAUAGAUGUGCUGUCAUAGAUGAGCUGGGAAGGUGGUUGUCGUGGAAGUGGGGGACCGGCUGGGAGGAAGGAGACACAGGCAACAGGACAGUCCUCUCUCCACUUCAAGCCUCUGGCUUUGGGUGAUUUUACUGGCACUCCAGGUGUCUGUGGGGUGCUGGAAGCCCAGCCCCCCUCCUAAAAUGGGCCCUGCCCUUUGUAGAUUGAUCAUGUGGUGACAGAGGCCUCAACAGAGGUCUCAGGUUUUUCACUGAUUUCCAGAAGACUAGGGAAUUCAGAGCAAGGACACCCUACAUUUUCCAGUCCCCUAGUAUUUAAAAGGUAGCUCCUCCUUGACCACAUAGCUAGCUUGUUGCAAUGUGUACAACUUUGGUCCGGGUACCUGGAUUUAGUCCUAACCUUAUUGAUCCACUGUGUGAUCUUUGGAAAUUCACUCAAGGUCUUUGUGUAUCACUUACUUCAUCUAUAAAAUGGACAGUUAGAACAGACGAUCUCCAAGAGCCCUGCAAGGCAACCAGCCAAUAGAAUGGCAGACUCUUACAUGCUUCCUUAUGAAAGACGGUCCAGGAAGCAUCAUGCCAUCUUGUCUUGAUGAUUGAAAAUAAGACAGGGCCUAAAGUCAUUCUGUAUGUGGAUCAGAGCUUAUAAUGGAUCUUGGAAAUCUCUUAUUCCAACCUCCAGUGGAGAAACCAGAUGAGGGUGAAAUCAAAUAGGAUAGACCCCAGGUAGGACUAGAGCCCAGGAUCCCUCACUCCUAACUCCCCCUCUUCACCAUGUGGCCUAUGCAUACAUACUAUGGAAUGAGAUUGGACACUUUAAAGUCAACCUUCAGUCUGGCUGAUAUUAUUACUUGCCUAUUUCUGAUAGAAGGAAAGAGUUGCCGAGUGAUUGAUAAUCCCAGAAACUGGGCCUGGGUACAUUGGGGUUUCAUGCACCAUAUCCCAAGGAAGGAGCUGUCAGACAUAAUUGAUCUCCAGACUUUAGGAUCCAGCUGGCAUUCUCUCGAGUCCUCCAAAAAGGGGGAAACAUACUUUUGUUUUGUUUUAUUUUUAACAACAACAGCAACAAGAAUUCCAAUCAAGUGGCAGAACAGAUUCUCUGGUUUACAUCUAAAUGCCAGUCAACAGAGAGAGGAAAAAAAAAAAGACUAUUUUCCUUAGAACUUUUCAAGCUGAGUAAAUAUAGCUCCUUGGAUAGGGGGUUUUCUCAUCAGGACAGAAAUGCGCUUUGAUGGCCUUCAUGAUCUUUUCAAAUCUGGGGAUCUUAACACCUUAGAGGAAGCCAGGAAAUAGGGUACCAACGAGGUAAAUAGUCAAAUUCAUUGACUAUUUAGCUUAAGAAAUGCUCUAUUUGGCAGCCGUACGUCAUCUUUGGGCAACAAUUUUGGGCAGCAACAUCAAGACAAGAAUCAUAGAGGCUCUCGAUGUUUAUCAUCAUUGGGUCCCUUUGUUCCCUUUAUUGGGUGAGGAGCUUAAGUCUUGGAGAGAGGAAGAGGAGACAGAGGAAACAGUUGAGCACAUUUAUAAUUUUUAGUAAGAUUUUAUCAAAUGGGACCAAAUAUACAGGAGGGGCUGCUGGCCUGCCCCAAUACAGCCAGGCCACCUUGUUUCAAAGCUAGGAUUCAUCUGUACAUGGAUUUUCAAGAGCCCAGGGCCAGAACUGUUGCCUCUGGUGAUCAGGAGGAUAAGUUAAUUGAACGUCUGUGAUCACUAACAGGUAAUGGACCUUGGAUCCACUCCUGAGCUACUGUGGGAGACAAGUUCCUUUAACAGCCUGUCCUCCAGGCACCAGGAGUCUGUGAACAAUCAUGGUUUUUUUUUUUUUUGUUGUUGUUGUUUUUUUCCUGUGUGUGCUGCAUGCACAUGUGUUUAAGACCUGUGGGUGGUUUAGGGGAAAGUGCUAGCCACAGUAUCCAUGGCGAUGUUAACUAUAUUUCAUAUUUGAUGUUUCAUAGUUUUCAAAUAAACACUGUUUUCCAUUACUCAGCUAUUUAUUUGGGGGCAGACAACAGGUGAAAAUCACAUUGCUCAGAUGUACUGCUAUUUUGACACCAUGACAUUAUUCUCAGAAGUUUUUCAUGCAUCACCAAGAACUGCUAAUGAAAGCAAGUGGAGAUGAGUGUUUUGAAUUGUGGUAGCCCAUUAGGGCUGGAGAAUUUAUUAACAACCAGAAAGAAAGUCUUGAUAGUAAUCUCUUAAUUGUUAGUUAAUCUCGUGCUUCAUCAUUUGCUUCUAGUCAUCAUCAUUAUAUCAAGACAUUAAUGGUAAACUGAGGUUUUUGAUGCAUCAUCACACUUAAGUUUUUAAAAAGUCAGAAUCAUGCUUCCUCAAAAGAAAAAUGAAGCCUACCCAGUCUUUGAAUCCAAUUGUGCAAGUAGAAUUCAGAGAAUUCUCAUUCAAUCUUGUAUCCAUCCAGCUACAAAUUUUUCUAUGCAUUAAUAAUAAACAGUGGAAUUUUAUCUUAAAGACAUUUUGGAACCUAACUUCUCCAUUACAUCUAUAAAGGCUGUUGCAUACCCAAACCUGUUUUAAAGUUGUCAUAUGUUGUUUGCUAAAGUCAUUGUAAUUUUUUUUGCCUGCUUUGCCUCUUUUUGUACAGAAGUUUUGAGUGUGAAAUGAAAAUUAAAGUUUGGUACCUAUAUUUAAAAA